ACCCAAAACGUCAAACCUUGAAACAAGGCUAGCAUAAACAGGGAAUCGCGUGCGGAUGCAGAGUUUACAAGCAAAAACUUCUCUCUGUCAACAAUACCAGCAGACCUCAAUCCUUCAACAAUCGGAGGUCAGGUGGGUCAGGUGGCGUACCGAGAUCAAUGUGGAUGUUGAAUAACAGAUUUUAAUCAGGAGACGUAACAUAAAUCAUUCAAAAUUCAGUCCCAACCGCAGCAAGACGCCGGUUACUCGGAUUGGGUAUAUCAAUCCUACGUGAAGGAGAUGUCGAACCAGCACUCCGCCCAGGCGCUCAACUGGCGCAAACUCUACCUGAGUAGAGCCAAGCUGAAGGCCUCCAGCAGAACGUCUGCUCUGCUGGCAGGAUUUGCCAUGGUUGCCAUGGUUGAAGUGCAGUUAUCAGCGACCAAAGAAACCAAUGCAUAUGACCCCCUCAUGAUAGCCUUCAGUAUCAACACCACCAUCCUGGUCGUUGUUCACAUGGCCGCUCUUCUCAUCAGUACCUGCAUCCUUCCUAACAUAGAAGCCGUCAGCAAUGUCCACAACGUGAACGCAGUCCAGGAGUCCCCGCACAACAGCCUUGCUUUCUACAUAGAGAUGUCAUGGAUCUUUUCUACUGUCCUGGGCAUCUUCCUCUUCCUCGUGGAGAUCAUCCUGCUGGCGUGGGUCAAGUUUGGUAUGGCUCACUACAACAGCGCGGCGCUCGCGGCCACCAUCAUCACAGCUCCCGUUCUGGUCAUUCUUAUCGUCUUCGCAUUCCAUUUCUACCGGAGGUUGGUCUCUCACAAGACGGAGAGCCAGACCAAAGGGCUGGAGGAGCUGGAGAGUAUGAACAACCAGCUAGACAAUGGUCAGCUUCAGAUUGUGUGAAAUAUGACCCCUCCCUGCUGUACAUAUAACCCAAGGAACACCUUGCAAGUUGCAAUGAUCAAAUACAUGUACUUGUACCUUUCAGAAGAGGCUAGAGUAACUCCUCCAUUCACUUCUCACAACUCAUCAACAGGGACAGUAGAAAUUUCAAGUUCGAUGUUAAGAUGAAGUCCAGUUUGACAUUAAGUUGGUUUUAAGCACAAAAUGAGAGGAGCAGGAUGUAGAAGUUUGAUGAAGGUGCAAGAAACGAUCUAUACGAAAGUUAUGAAUGAAUUUUUAAUGUUGUGAUUGAUCAAACAAAAUUGAUAACUCUUUGGUUUUAUACCUAAGCAGCUUUCCAUUUGUUUUGUACAAAAUAUUUCUUAAUUUCUUGAAUUUUUAUUUCUUCCCCAAAAUGCCAUCAUUUUUUUCAUCAAAAAACCAAAAAAAGGGGUUAUUUUUUUUAUUAUAUUUUUUAACUACAACAUUUUACAAAUAUGCAUGUAUGGAAAGCUGCCCAUAGUGUAAAUCAUAGAGUUGCCAGUUUGUGGUUGAUUGAUGACGAAUUUGAACAUUCAUGACUUUUUAAUUGUUUAUUGGAUUUUCCUCUAAACUUCUUGUUUUAAAAUGAAUGGAAGUGACUAAAGUUAACAUGUGAGGUUUGGAGUUUUAAUCAUUGCCUGGUUGGUAAUUCCUUGGACAAGGCAUGUUAGUGCCAAGGAUGUCACCUAGGGCUAGGGAUUUCCCUGUUUAUCUGUACAUGUAUUUGUCCUCCUGGAAUCAUUCUCUUCAAUAUGAACCUGGUGUCCUGGUUGGCUUUAAUCCUUCUGCUGUUGGGUGAUCAAUAUUCGUUG